AUGACCAACUCACCGCCACCCGACCCGCCUGUGGCACAGGACGAGGACAACUCAAACGCCGCCCAAGACCUGCAGACCCCGACUUUCGGACUCUACCCGCAACCGAGGGCGCUGCCCUACUCCGCGCAGGAAGCCGAGCUUAUGGAGGAGACCGACGACUGCACGCGCUGGAUCCGAUCUCUGAGCAUGGACGAGGACGUCUAUUCCGUAGUCUCAGAUUCGGACGCAGGCUCAAACUCAGGCUCAGGCGAAGAGAUCGACGCAGAGGGCCUCAAGGUGUACAAAGCGGACACGGCGCGCGAGCUGGAGCUCAUCCGCUCCCGCCUCGAGAGCAUCCUGACCGUGGGCGGAGCACGCCUCGCCCCCCGUCCCGCGCACCUCUACCCGGCGGAACUGUUCACCACCUUCCUAACCGACUGGGACAACGUGCAGUGGCUCGGCGCGCGGCUGCUCGAGUCCGGGCUCGACCUCGAGUCCAACAACCCCGCCACGUAUCGCUACGUUGUGCUUGCGGCCGAGAUGAUGGAGAGCGAUCUCGCCUCCACUGUGGCUAGGCUGAUGGAGGACGUGGAGGCGUACUAUGCCCAGAUUCUGAGGGGGUAUGGGCUGUUGAUGAGGGAAGAGGAAGGGGAGAUCGCCCGCCUGCGCGGAGAAGUUGCCGGAGACAUGGGCACGCUUGAGGCGAGGCUCGAUAUGGCUGUGAGGGAGUUGGACAAGGCGAAAAGGGAGGCGGAGAAGGAGAAGGCGGAGAGGAUGGCGCUCGAAACGCUCCUUGGGAGGUUGCCUGAGGACAUGCGCAGGGAGCUCGUCUUGGCCAACAGCGUUGCCCUGACACCUGGGCAGAGGGCGAGGUGGGGUAUCCCCUGA